UUCUUUGUAGUCAAAGAUUGUGCAAGUGUUUUUGUGUACAAGUAUUUUAUUCAAACUUCACGAACAUAAUGGAAAACGAAGGCUACAGCACAAACAUGUUGGAUCCAAGACGUAAUCAAAGGGAGAAAAGAAUAAAACCUUUUGAAGAAAUGUUAUUGAAAGAGAUAAAAGGUAGCAGGCGAACAAAUGAACCAAUGCACGCGGUACUGGAGGGUGAACUUAGCGAAAUGAAACAAUUGGAAGCCGAGGAGUUUCAGAAUGUCAGAAACCGAGCCCUGAUACAAUAUCUCUCAACAUUGGCAAACUCAAACAGCACAAAAGAUAAGUUUGAUUUUGAUUUCGUUGAAUCUCUUCUAAAAAAUGGCGCAGAUAUCAACAGUGCUGACAAAACUGGUCAAUGUGUGUUUCAUGAAGUUGCAAGAUCUUGGAAUAUUGACGUCGCAAAAUUCCUGAUCGAACAUGGUGCCAAUGUGAACCAACAAGAUCAGUAUGGUAGGUCACCACUUCAUGUUGCUGCCGCAGUCGAUUACGCCGAAAUGGUUGAAUUUCUUCUAGAGAAUGGGGCCGAUAUUGAUAUUAAAACAUCUGGCGAAGGACAGACUCCAAUACAUUUUGCUGCAAAAAAUGACGCCAUCAACUCACUUCAGAUGUUGCUAGGAUACGGGGCAGAUAUUGACGGACGUGACAGUAAAAAUAGAACUCCACUACAGGUUUCAGCUGAAAUGAAUCGUUCUAAAGCUGCUAAACUCCUGGUUGCUGAAGGUGCUCCAGCUGGUGUUUAUGACAAUUUGGGAAACUCUGCCUUGUCACUUCUCAUUGAAAAGAUCCCUGAAGUGGCUUUAGAUGCAAUGGAUCAGUUUCAUUCAGUGGACACAAUCAAUCGUAAAGAGUUCUAUUUUCUCAACUAUCUUGAAAGCACAAAGUUAAAAGAAGAGAAGACGCCUGCUAGAACACCACUUGAGAUUGCUGUUCAGAAUGAGAGAUUUGACAUCAUCAUGCAUCCAGUCAUGCAACGACUGAUCGGAUUGAAGUGGCAAAUGUACGGAAAAUGGGGGGCUAUCUUAGAUCUAGUAAUAAAUUUAGUCUACGCCAUAUUGUGGACGGUGCUUGCAGUGACCUUACCAAGAAUAGGACAAGACCUAUAUUGGCCUCUAGCAGAACACUCAUGGAGAUUGGUCAUCGGAAUUCUACUCAUCCUAUUCACAAUAAUGGAAAUAAGGAAGCAGAUUUUAAACACAAUAAAAACCCGCAAUGAAUUGAAGAAAUGGCGAGAAUGGCGUGCCGCAGAACUCGAACGAGAUCUGGCGUAUUGUCAUCCAAGAUGGCCGCAAGAAGAUCAAUACCUUAGAGCAGAAAUCAAAGCUGUGAGAAAUCUCUCGCUCAUUUCAGGCUCUGAUUGGUGGAUAUAUUUCGACUGGGCAGCGCUCGUGUUAAUCCUAGCAACAAUUGCAUCACACGUGACAUUCUUUCACUUCAGUAAUGAUAUAUCCAAAGAAAUCCAUCAUUAUAUCCUCAUACCACUAUUGCUGAUUCUUUGGUUGAGAAUUUUUAAAUAUGCCAGACCUUUCGAAGGCGCUGGUCCUUUUGUAGUCAUCUUUGGUCAUGUUUUGGGUGACAUCGUGAAGUGGGCCUUUUUAAACUCCAUCAUCAUCAUUCCAUUUGCUUGCGCCUUCUGGAUCACAUUUGGGGCAAUUUCACUGACACCUGUCCAGGGUUACGACAACGUUGGCCCCUUGUUAUACAACAUCUUCUCAAUGAUGGUUGUUAAUGAUCAUAAUUAUGAAAAGUUAGAAGAAGCAAAUCCAGUUAUGGCGAGGCUGCUCUGUGGUGCUUUCAUAGGGAUUGCUGCGAUAGUCACCCUAAAUCUGCUCAUUGCUUUACUUACGAACACAUUUGAGAGGUUGUACGAGAACGCAGUCGCCAACGCCGUGAUGCAAAGAGCAAGAACCAUACUCUUACUUCAAAAAUCAUUACGGAAAAAACAGAAAAAGAAAUAUUAUGACUUCAUUAAAACUAACGGUAGUCCUGAAGUUAUUGUUAAAACUCUUGGCCGGCUUUCGAUGAUGGACGGUGACGAUCACGCGACUAUUGAACGUGUGCGUGACGACGUGAAAGUUAUUGUAAACUUACUUAGCGAAAAGUUCGGGAGAAAAUUUGGUAAAGGAAAGAAAUCUGAUUUGGACUUUGUAAAAAUGGACGUGAGUAAAGUAAGAAGAUUUCAGGAGGAACUUAUCGUCGAUGUCAAAAAUAUGAAACAGACUUUAAAAGAAAUAACGGAAAAGGUCAGGGAAAUGGAUAAUACCGACGCGAAAGACAUGAAGCAGACUUUGCAAAUAAUAGCCAAAAAAUUAGAAGACAUAAAGAGAGAGAAUGAUAAGGGCAUCUCGAACAACAUCACUACACCAACUGGAACACAACAAAGGCUUCGUGACAGAUCAAGAAAAUGCCGCGAUGAUUCGGAAACAGGAACAUCGGAAGAUGACUCAAACGAUGGAAACAGUACAACUAAAAAACAACACGCAAAGUUGUUUGGAAACGAAAAAAUGGAGAAACGAAAUAGAGCGACAGUGGUUACUUCUCAAACAGAUGAUUCUAGACGUCCAACACAUCAACCUUAUCCUCGUCAAUCGAUAUCAACAAAUCCAGAAACAUGGCGACAAAAUUCUGGAGAUCCUUUUUCCAACAGCCAAUAUAGCUAUAAUACGAAUCAUGCUGGCAUUCAGGCACAUUCGCCUUAUGACCAGUGGUCCACUGUAACACCUGACCAAAACGCCCAUCCUCACAUGCAACACUCAGUAGAAAACCCCCUCCUUCACCAGGGAUAUGACUUUAAUAAACGACUAAGCCAAGAUUUUUCGUCGCCAAAUGUCAACCAGCAACUAUAUCCAUAUAACAUGGGUCAUUCUCGCGACAAAAAUCAUCGAAACUCUUAUCCACCACCAAUUGAAAAAUCGCAAUCAUCGCAAUCCUCGCCUGUUGCGAGAGAGAUCUUUGUGAAUCAAGAUUUCUAUCAACCAAGGUCAAAUGAAAGCAACGGGUACAGACAAAUGGUUCGGAACAUGUCAGUAUCUACCGAUGGAGAAACGAUUAAUCCAGUGUUAUCAGUGUCAGAUCAGCAGCCUGCGUCAUACACACACAUGCCACCACAGCCUACAACCUGCAGUGUAACGAAAAAACAGUUUGAGACUCUUGAAAUGCAAUAUUCAGAAAAUGAUUUGAAUCAUGAUGACGCCAAACAAUAUACGACAACGUGCAUAGAACAACCAUCGCACCUAAAUGAAGUACUCCAGGAUGAAAUAUUGCGGAGUGAAACAAAAACCCCAGACAACCUCGAUGACCACACAACUCUUGGUCCCAAUCUUAUCGCCAAACAUCAAACAACUGACGUCCAAUCAGCAUCUGAGAAAUCUGUAAUAAGUGAUGAUAACAAAGCAAUCAAAGCUGAUACAUCACAAAAUAUCCGGAGAAUUCAAAAUGAAACGUCGGAAACGUCAAUAGCAAAUAAUGAAGCCAACUUGUAUCGUGAAUAUGGUUAUCCUAGUACGAAAAUUGCACCACGUAUCCAGCGAAGGGUGUCUUACUUCGAGGAGAAAUUGGAUGAAAUUUACUCUUCAACAUCCACCAGUUAUGGUAAAGAAAUACAGCCUAUUCAUCUUUCAACUUCCAAAGUGUCUGACGCUGCCGCAUUACCAACAUCUAAUGAUGCAUCAAGAGCGGUUUCCAACGAUCUUGCCAAAAAUAUGACACAGGUUCCAACCGUCGAAUCACUGAGUGUAACAGAUCAACAACAGAAUGAAGGAUAUCAGGCAGACGACAUCUCCCAAGAUGAAAACACAGAGAAUGUUCACGCUGAUGAUGAUCAACCAUCGUCUCCAGCAACUGUGGACAUUUAAACAUAUACACAUAGU